AAAGCUGGCAUCUGGAAAGAGGACAAAGACUCCAAAGAGGCCGCAGUCAGUGUUUCCACUGGAGUCAGCAUCUCUUCUUUGGAGCCCACAUCAAAUGGGACAGCUCCUGAGAUCUUCAUUCCAGGAUUUUGUGUUGCUUUUAAUACAGGAGGUGGAGGAAUGAGCUUCUCCCCUACAAGUGGCACAGAUGUGCAUGCCGCAGCUAAUGGCUUGUGUGGACGAGAAGGCUCCAUUACUGCUACCCAGAAUUCAGAUGGAGGUGGUUGUUUGUUGGAAGCGCAGCUAACUUGCCAGAGCAGAGAUGGUGAGCGUGAUCCUCUUAAGCAGACCCCCAGCAAUUGCCGGGAACACACCAAGGUCCUUCAAACUGUGUUAACAUUCCCAAACAGCAAUCCUGAAAACUCACAUGUUAUAGUGCCCGUGAGUCAGCAGACAGACAACAUUGAGUACUUCCAAAGUGCUGUGGUGUCUUCAGGAACAAAGCGGAUAGUUUCAAACUGUACACAUCAUGAAGACAACCUGAAAGAAGCAACAAGAUCCUCAAAUUUACAAUGGACUGUGCAUCAUGAGGAGAAUGACUAUGUCACACACGGUGAUGACCGAGGAAGUUCUGAGGAUGAGAGGCAAAGUCUAGAAAGAGAACAACAACAGGGAGAAACUGAUGACAGCCAGGAGCUUAGUGAGGUCAGUACAACUCCUGAUACCCAAGAUGAGGACCAAAGAAGCUGUGAAGCUGGUUUGCCAAGACCCAUCCCCGAGUCUCCCGAUAGUUCCUGCAGCCCCUCGCAUAGGAAGAGCCGUGUCAAUCCUUUCAACCACCACCUUGCAUCAUCUAAUACAGAGCCCUUGAGUUCAUCCUCCUGCCCACCUCAGCAUGUGAUGGCCGAAGUGCUCAUGCAUACUGCCCCUGGUUUAGGAACAGUCUUGUCUCAUGAUCAUGAGAGGGUUGUGGGACGACUGCAGGACAGUAAAAGUCUAGAUGGGAUAAGUCAGGUGUGUGGGGGAGCACGGAGCAAGGAUCGGCAGGCAGAAGGACGGCGGGCUACUAUCUCCAGUGCUUUGGAGCUGGAGGGAACAGUCAGCCAUGAUGGAGACCUUACCCACUUUGUAGCCAAUAACCUGCAACAGAAGAUCAAGAUGAGUUCACGACAGAGUUUGGACUCUGACAGCUCCGUCCACAGCAGAACAUCACAGAGGAAGCCGGCCGAUAUCCCACCUAUUGACCCUGGUGUUGUGUUGGACCUGGAGAAACAUACACAAGACAUAGCACAGAGUGUGGAGCUGAUGAUGAGGAGCCUCAACAGCACCAUUCAGAACAUGACUGCACUGAGUGUUGGCUACAUUCAGACAUACCGAGAUUCUGUGGAUAGUCUAGGAGAAUCUGUUGACAUGAGUAUAAAGGGAAUGUAUACAUUGAUGGCUCGCUGUGAGGAACUUGACCGCUCCAUGCAGCCCAUUCACUUUCUUGCUAAGCAAAUCCACGAUAUAAAGCGCACAUUGGAGACCCUGGAAGCUCUGUGCAAGUAGCUGGGAUGGAUGUGGAUUCCUGUGAUUACAGAUGCAAAGCUUCUGCCGUUUCUGCUCAUUCCUUUGUUUAUCCUUCCCACCUAUGUUUCAGAAGUCCAGAAGCUACAGCCCGUUUACAAGACUGGUUUCUUUGCUUUGCUCGUGUAUAGGGAAGGAGCACAAUCAAAGAGGUGAGAUGUGAUCCUCCCCAUAAGAGGCAAAUUAAUGCAAACUGUUCGGAGCCUUUGCUGGGGAAAUGCAUUUGUUUAUUUUUCCCAACUUACUCUUUCCAACCUUAGACACUGAAAGAGGUGCUUUGUGCAUCUUCAGCUCUAGAACAGUAAAUUUGAAUACAUUCAUAAUGUAUGCACUGCAAAUAGUGCUUAGUGUGACCUCGGUGAAUGUUUUCUUAGGGGAAAAGAAAAUCAAAGGAGAUGGCUGAUUUGCAUUAAUACUUAAUUUGAGAGGUCAUAUUGUGUACAGCUUUAUUGCUUCAGAAGAGGCAUAUUUGCACACUGGAGUUGUCUGAUUACAUAGAUGGACAGAUUGGGCCUGUCUGACCCCAUUUUAUUACGUGUUACUCGGUUGGGCCUUCUAGGAGAUUCUUCCUUGGAUGCAGACUUCAAUUCUUCCUCUUCGCAUUUCUUUCUUUCCCUUUUCCCCUCCCCUACAACUCCCAAGAUUCAUUUGCACAAUAUCUUUAUGAAAAUAGUCUUUGAUAGACUGGUUAGCAGUGGUACCUUGAUACUUCUGUUGCAGAACUUGAUUCCUUCGACCAUCUUGCAUUGCCCUCUACUGACUCUCACAUGGCAGAUAUGGCACACAUAUAGGUGGGGACGAUCCAUAGCAAUGACUGUCAUCCCCUGACCAGCACAGGUCUUGAGUGAAUUUGGGUAUGGUGGGGCCAUGAGUUUAUAACAGCACUUACAAGUACAAUCAUAUCCAGUUCUGUAAAUAAUGACUGUUUUCCUAACUUUUGAUGGUUUGUCCUAAUGGUAUAUUUUAAAAAGACACAAUAAAUUUGCAAAAAUGCAAGCAGAGGUUUGUGCCUUUAUUGUAAAUUUAGUGUGGUAAGGAUGAUAUAUGUGUGCUGUAACCCUGCAUUCUGCCUGCCAGCCAUGGCCAAGCUAAGUUAUACAUUAUUAUUUAUUUAUUUUUAUUUAAUGAAGCCAUGCAGAUUUUGUGUUUUUGAUAAUUAACUUAUUAUGCCCACAGAGACUGUGACCCUCCAUUAUAAGUAAUUUCUAAAUGUGUGCCAUUUAAAGUGGAGGUUGCUUGUAACCUUGUCUUGUUGAGUGUGGCACCUCUGUUUUUAAUCCACAGGAGGAUGAACUCUUUGAAACCUCACAUUAAAAUCUGACUUUAGCCCAUGACGAUGUGUGUACAGCAGCUCCUAUUCUUUAUUUACUUGUUAAAAAAAUGGUAAUUUUUGAUUUAUAGCAGUUAUAUAUAUGAUGGAUUCAUUUUUGUUCCUUUUGUUUAUACUGUAAAUCUCAUUAUUUGAUAGAAAAGAAGCAUAAUAAACAGGCAAUCGGAGUAAUUCAAAUG